CAAGGGCUGUCUGGCCCCAUCCCACCUCCCGCCUCCAGGGCGACGCUUAAAGUGUGCCGAGCAGGUGCCUUGGGUGGAGUAACAAGUUUUGCGCAAGUGUCCUGGCCGAGCGCGGCGCUCAUUCAUUGCUCCCCAGCGUCCGUCCCUCUGCUCGGCCUGCGGUCUAGGGGGAAGGGGCUCCGGGCCGGUCGCAGCCGCCACCCGGGGGAGCGAGGCCAGAAGAGGGGCCCAGAGCGCGGCUGACUCUCGCGGGCUGGGGCAGGGAACGGUGGCCGGGGCCAUGCAGUCGUGUGCCAGGGCAUGGGGGCUGCGCCUGGGCCGCGGAGCCGGGGGCGGCGGCCGCCUGGCUGGGGGCGUGGGGACGCGCUGGGCGCCGCGGGCCCGGGACAGCAGUAGCGGCGGCGGGGACAACAGCGCGGCUGGGGCCUCGCGCCUCCUCGAGCGUCUCCUGCCCAGACACGACGACUUCGCUCGGAGGCACAUCGGCCCCGGGGACAAAGACCAGAGGGAGAUGCUACAGGCCCUGGGGCUGGCGAGCAUUGAUGAAUUAAUCGAGAAGACGGUCCCUGCCAGCAUCCGCUUGAAAAGACCCUUGAAAAUGGAAGACCCUGUUUGUGAAAAUGAAAUCCUUGCAACUCUGCAUGCCAUUUCAAGCAAAAACCAGAUCUGGAGAUCGUACAUUGGCAUGGGCUAUUAUAACUGCUCAGUGCCACAGACAAUUUUGCGGAACUUACUGGAGAACUCAGGAUGGAUCACGCAGUACACUCCAUACCAGCCCGAAGUGUCUCAGGGGAGACUGGAGAGUUUGCUCAACUAUCAGACCAUGGUGUGUGACAUCACUGGCAUGGACAUGGCCAACGCGUCCCUGCUGGAUGAGGCGACCGCGGCCGCAGAGGCGAUGCAGCUGUGCCACAGGCACAACAAGAGAAGGAAAUUUUUUGUUGACCCCCGUUGCCACCCACAGACAAUAGCUGUCAUCCAGACUCGAGCCAAAUAUGCUGGAGUCCUCAUUGAGCUGAAGUUACCCCAUGAAAUGGAUUUCAGUGGGAAAGAUGUCAGUGGAGUGCUGUUCCAGUACCCAGACACAGAGGGGAAGGUAGAAGACUUUGCAGAGCUUGUGGAGAGAGCCCAUCAGACUGCGAGCCUGGCCUGCUGUGCUACUGACCUUUUAGCUCUGUGCAUCUUGAGGCCACCUGGAGAAUUUGGGGUAGACAUUGCCCUGGGCAGCUCGCAGAGAUUUGGAGUGCCCCUGGGCUAUGGGGGACCACACGCAGCCUUUUUUGCUGUCAAAGAAAACUUGGUGAGGUUGAUGCCUGGAAGAAUGGUGGGCGUAACACGAGACAUCACUGGGAAAGAAGUGUAUCGUCUUGCCCUUCAAACCAGGGAGCAGCACAUCCGGAGAGAUAAGGCUACGAGCAACAUCUGCACAGCUCAGGCUCUCUUGGCGAAUAUGGCUGCCAUGUUUGCAAUCUACCACGGUUCCCAUGGGCUGGAGCACAUUGCUAGUAGGGUACAUAAUGCCACUCUGAUUUUGUCGGAAGGUCUCAAGCGAGCGGGGCAUCAACUCCAGCACGACUUAUUCUUUGACACCUUGAAGGUUCGGUGCGGCUGCCCGGUGAAGGAGGCCUUGGACAGGGCAGCUCAGCGGCAAAUCAAUUUCCGGCUCUACGAGGAUGGCACACUUGGUAUUUCUCUUGAUGAAACAGUCAAUGAAAAAGAUCUGGAUGAUUUGUUGUGGAUCUUUGGCUGUGAGUCGUCUGCAGAGCUGCUGGCCGAAAGCAUGGGAGAGGAGCGGAGAGGCAUUCCAGCCUCUGCAUUCAAGAGGUCCAGCCCGUUCCUCACACACCAAGUCUUCAACAGCUAUCACUCAGAAACAAACAUUGUCCGGUAUAUGAAGAAACUGGAAAACAAAGACAUUUCCCUUGUUCACAGCAUGAUUCCGCUGGGAUCUUGCACCAUGAAGCUCAAUAGUUCAUCUGAACUCACACCUAUCACAUGGAAAGAAUUUGCAAACAUCCACCCCUUUGUGCCUCUAGAACAAGCUGAAGGGUAUCAGCAGCUUUUCCGAGAGCUUGAGAAGGAUUUGUGUGAACUGACAGGGUAUGACCACAUCUCUUUCCAGCCAAAUAGCGGAGCCCAGGGAGAAUAUGCUGGACUGGCCACUAUCCGAGCAUACCUAGACCAGAAAGGAGAGCGGCACAGAACGGUUUGCCUCAUUCCAAAAUCAGCACAUGGGACCAACCCGGCAAGUGCCCACAUGGCAGGCAUGAAGAUUCAGCCUGUGGAGGUGGAUAAAUAUGGAAAUAUCGAUGCAGUGCACCUCAAGUCCAUGGUGGAUAAACACAAGGAGAACCUGGCUGCGGUCAUGCUCACGUACCCAUCCACCAACGGGGUGUUCGAGGAGAACAUCAGCGACGUGUGUGACCUGAUCCACCAACACGGAGGACAGGUCUACCUAGACGGGGCGAACAUGAAUGCUCAGGUGGGAAUCUGUCGUCCUGGAGACUACGGGUCUGAUGUCUCGCACCUCAAUCUUCACAAGACCUUCUGCAUUCCCCACGGAGGCGGCGGCCCUGGCAUGGGGCCCAUUGGAGUGAAGAAGCAUCUUGCCCCCUUUCUGCCCAGUCAUCCCAUCGUUUCAGUCGAGCUGAACGGGGAUUCGCAGCCGGUGGGCACUGUCAGCGCGGCCCCGUGGGGCUCCAGCUCCAUCCUGCCCAUUUCGUGGGCGUAUAUCAAGAUGAUGGGAGGCAAGGGCCUUAAACACGCCACGGAAGUUGCUAUUUUAAACGCCAACUACAUGGCCAAGCGAUUAGAAAAACACUACAGAGUCCUUUUCAGGGGUGCAAGAGGUUACGUGGCUCAUGAGUUUAUUUUAGACACAAGACCCUUCAAAAAGUCUGCAAAUGUAGAGGCCGUGGAUGUCGCCAAGAGGCUCCAAGAUUAUGGAUUUCACGCCCCUACCAUGUCCUGGCCUGUGGCAGGGACCCUCAUGGUUGAGCCCACGGAGUCGGAAGACAAGGCAGAGCUGGACAGAUUCUGUGAUGCCAUGAUCAGCAUUCGGCAGGAAAUCGCUGACAUCGAGGAGGGCCGCAUCGACCCUAGGGUCAAUCCACUGAAGAUGUCUCCACACUCCCUGACGUGCGUCACAUCCUCCCACUGGGACCGGCCUUAUUCCAGAGAGGUGGCGGCGUUCCCGCUCCCCUUUGUGAAACCGGAGAACAAAUUCUGGCCAACCAUUGCCCGGAUUGACGACAUAUAUGGAGAUCAGCACCUGGUGUGUACCUGCCCACCCAUGGACGUGUAUGAGUCCCCGUUUUCUGAACAGAAGAGGGCUUCUUCUUAGUCCUCUCUCCCUGAGUUCAAAGGACUGAUCUGAUGUCUCUCCUCGGAGCAUUUGACAAGCAAGAAAUAUUUCCUCUCCCACCACAGGCUCACGUAGGGGUUUUAUAUACUGUGUAUAUCUGUGCAAUCUCUGUCGAGGUCAAUGUAAGUACCGCUGGCGUAGUGAGUGGAAGCUUCUCGUUGGCGGGUUGGUUUGCUUCAGGACUCCGCUUCCACACAGAUCGCUUGCCUUCGUUCGGAGCCAUUUGGCUUUUUGCAUAGAAAUUUUUAGGAACUCUAACUUUCAAUGUGGCAAGUUUGCAGACAUUAUAGAGGCUAUACUGGAGACUGAAUAGACACACUUUUUGUUCCAAAUAAGUCCUGUGGACUGUGCCAUCUGUGGGAAAUCCCAGGGCAAAUGUUUACAUUUUGUAUACACUGAAGAACUCUUUUCCUCCGACUAAUUUGCCUAAUCUGUAAUAGCAUUUUUGAGUGUUUGCCUCUUUUUCUGUGUGGGGGGGUUUUUUUUUUAAUCUGCAUUUAUUAGUAUUCUAAUAAAAGCAUUUCAACUUAAUGAA